AUACAAUGUCUUUCUGGUCAUUACUACUGUGUUUCGUUCUUCUGUCGACAAGUGGAAUUCAAGUUGACGCAGACAUGCCGGCACCACAGUGGCAACCAAGAUAUAGAUUAUUCACGUAUACUCAGGGGUAUUCGACUGUGCAAUGUUCAUGCUUGAGAAUUCUAUCCCAUGCGGAGCUUCGUCGAGUACUUCCACCACCUACAUCGAAGUGUCCUCGAUGCCGCUAUGUGGCUUGAUCUGAGAAGAAGAGGAGGAGGGAUG